UCCACCUUUCCACCACGCAUCAGCUUCUCCGCCAUUAACUUUCAUAUCUUCCUAGUCUCUGUAUUUUAGUAUCUUCUUUUGUUUUGACAAAUUCACCAGCUUGGUUUCCGAGUAAGAAAAGAAAAAAGACAGAAAAUAAAAAAUCAUAGAUGUUGUUGGUUCGAAGAAAGAUCUGUCUGGUUUUCUUCCGUCAGGUUCCCAUAGCCUCUGCUUUGCUGAGAAACAUAUAAGAAAGUGGCCCGAAACGGAAAGCCAUCUCUGAUAUUUCAGACCCUGUUCUUUAGAUAGGGGAAGCUAAAGCUCCAUUACCCUCAUAAACCAUUAGAAUUUGGAACAUUCAUUGUUGUUCAAGAAAUCGAUGGCUGAAGAGGGCUACAAAGAAUCUCCAGCCGAUUCACCGAGAUAUCCUCUUCACGUUUUCUCCAAGGAUUUCAGAUCAGUUCUGAAGUUAGACGAGCUCGGGUUGGAGAUUGCCCGAAUAGCGUUGCCUGCAGCACUUGCUUUGACAGCCGAUCCUAUAGCGUCUCUGGUCGACACAGCCUUCAUAGGCCAAAUCGGUCCCGUAGAGCUCGCAGCCGUCGGGGUUUCUAUUGCUCUGUUCAAUCAAGUUUCAAGAAUUGCGAUAUUCCCACUCGUUAGCAUCACAACGUCGUUUGUUGCUGAGGAAGAUGCAAACAGUUCCCAUAGAGAAUGCUUAGAAACCGAAGAGAGUCAAGAACUGAUUCCUCUCAAUGGUUCGGGGGCAAGUGAUUCAAGAUGUGUACAUAUGCAUAGCAGUAGCUUUAGUGUUACAAACAAGAAACGGAUCAUUCCGUCCGCCUCAUCCGCAUUGAUCAUUGGAAGCAUCCUCGGCCUUCUUCAAGCUGUGUUCCUUAUAUCUGCCGCGAAACCUCUUUUGAGUUUCAUGGGAAUUAAACAUGAUUCUCCGAUGCUGAGACCGGCUCAACAGUAUCUGACACUCAGAUCAAUGGGUGCACCGGCCGUUCUUCUCUCGCUCGCAAUGCAAGGCGUAUUCCGUGGAUUCAGAGACACCAAGACCCCCUUAUACGCCACCGUGAUUGGAGAUCUCACGAACAUAAUCCUCGAUCCGAUCUUCAUAUUUGGUUUCCGUCUAGGCGUUAGCGGAGCAGCCACCGCACACGUUAUAUCCCAAUACGUUAUUUCCGGUAUACUCUUGUGGAGACUGACGGGCCAAGUCGAUCUCUUGAACCCGAGUACCAAACAUCUCGAGCUUGGAAGGUUCAUUAAAAACUGUUUUCUCCUAUUGGUUAGGGUAAUGGCCGUGACAUUUUGUGUAACGUUAUCCGCAUCCCUAGCUGCAAGGGACGGUCCGAUCCCGAUGGCUGCAUUUCAAGUUUGCUUGCAGGUCUGGUUGGCCACGUCUCUUCUCGCAGACGGGCUAGCCGUCGCUGGCCAGGCGAUCAUGGCGAGCGCAUUUGCCAAGAAGGACCACGAGAGGGCUGCAGCCACCGCUUCCCGUGUACUUCAGUUGGGUCUGGUUCUCGGGUUGGUACUCGCGGUUGUAAUUGGAGCGGGACUUCACUUUGGAGCACGACUGUUCACGAAAGACGAUGACGUCCUGCGUCUCGUUAGGACAGGGCUCCCGUUCGUCGCAUGCACUCAACCGAUCAACGCGUUGGCAUUUGUGUUCGACGGCGUGAACUUUGGUGCGUCGGAUUUCGGGUACUCGGCUGCAUCAUUGGUGAUGGUUUCGGUAGUGAGCGUCUCGUGCUUGCUAUUGCUCUCCUCGGCUCACGGAUUCGUGGGACUAUGGUUGGGCCUAACCAUUUACAUGAGUCUCCGAGUAGCAGUUGGGUUCUUGAGGAUAGGAACAGGAACUGGACCUUGGUCUUUUCUUUGGAGCCCAUGAAUCUAAACGUGGAGUUUUCAGUUAAUAAGCUUAUUAAACAGUAUUGUUGUAUUCAUUAUCAUUUUUGCCUUUUGCACAAUUCUUUUUUCAGACAUUAUAUAAUAUUAGAGAGAACAGGAGACACCUCUUCUGUACCCUUUUGGUAUAUGUAUGAUGGAGCGAGAAGAAUCUUCCUUC